AUGAAAAACAAGUCUAAACAGAAACGAAAACAACGAAAGGCCAACUCUAUUGCUUUUACAAAAAACGUUUCUGCCUUAGAUUUACAAAACAAACAUGAUGAUUCAACAGCACACGUUAGCUCACUACUCGAUCAACUUCGACACGAGACUCGAUCUAAAAGCAAAAUCUCCACAGGGAUUUUUCCUCUGCUACCACUGCCAUCGUGCAAUUACUUGAUGAACGAAUUAGCAACACUCGAGCAAAAUACGCAAGGGGAGUUUGAAAUGGAAAGACAACACGUACCAGGUCCAGCACCACCUAAAAGUUGGCAAAGAUCUCGGUAUUCAGAAGCAGGUAGGAAUACUGCGGGUAUAGUUUUUCCUAAGGAAAUUAAAGAGCGUAAAAUAAAAAAAGGAGCGUGGGAUGGAGAGAGAAAUCUCCCAGGUAGUCCAAACCGUCAAGUUCCAUCACUCAUGUCAAUUUGUAUAGAUACAGUAGCUACAAACAUUAAAUCAUACGCAUCAUAUCGAUAUUUUUCAAAUCUUCCUACACACCUUAAACAACACAUACUUUCUUCUAUGAGCAUACACAAUUCCCUCACUGAUGAGUUGCUUCCCUUGUUUGCAAACGACUCUGGAUAUGAAGAAUUAGAUAUAUCUUAUAGCAAUGUCACCUUAGAAUGCUUAAAAAAGUAUUUCUGGAAAAUCGUCAAGGAAAAAGAUGCAAAGAAUGGAGUUGUGGAAGAUUGGGAAAAUCUUAUUGACCAUGAUGAUGAUAAGGUCGUGGACAUUCUCCCUAUUCAGCGUUUCAAAGCUUCAAGUGAUAAUACAAUAAAUAUUGCGAGCAACCCAUUAACAGAUAUUGAAGAAACAUCGAAAAAAUAUAUUUCAGCUUUACCAAAUCUUCGUCGAUUCAACUGCGGGUUCACCUUCAAUAUCUCCGCAAUACCUUUGUGCACUUUACUAGUGUCAACGAUGCCUUUAUUAACACAUUUAUCCAUGGCUGGAUGUUUUGAUCAAGACAUUGGCUCACAGGCACUACGAAUACUUUCCGGUCUAUUUAACCUUUUAGUCUGGGAUAUGUCCUAUUGCAAAUGGGUGAACGAUCGAACAUUAUUACAAUCAAUCAAUUGGAACAGGGAUCUGAAGUCAUUGAGGAAAUUAGUUGCCAUCGAAUGCGGCAAUUGGAUUGAUUUAGAGGAAACUAAACGGAAGCUGUCCUAUAAUCGUAGAAAGUUUAAACUUUUGACCGAGGUCGGAUCAAAUGCGUAA